CAAAACCCACAAGCGUUUCACCGAGAAUCUAGCCUCGAUAUCUGUAAGGCUGACUGACUCCAGACCGCGCAGCUCUAGUCCCGGGCUCUAGCUCAGCUCACCUCCAGCUCCGGCUCCGGCUCCGUUCCACGCUUCUGGUCGCUUGCGCGCGAUCAUGCCAUGCGUCAUGUGUGCAGUGCUUUGCUGCUUCUUUGCUUGGCUGGGCUUUGGAGGUUUAGGUUGUUGCUUGCGGUAUUUGCUGGAUUGGUUGUUUGGGUGUGCUGUGCUGUGCUGUGCUGUGCUGUGCUGUGCUAUUGGUCUUGGAUGCGAAGGACGUUGGUACAGUGGGUGGGUUAGUUGCAAUUAUCUGGUUGAGGUAGGUGAGGUAUGCUCCGUAUGGGUCUAGGUAGUAGAUACUACCGUAGGUUAUAUCCUAGAAAGAUUCUUGAAUAGAAGACCACUCCG